AUGAAUUUAAAGCGUUGUUUGUUCAUUGGCACGUUCUUGUGCAUGUUACUGGUAUCCACAAAUGCUUGGUGGCCGUUUUCCAGCUCGUCUACUGAAGACACUGAAGCAGAGCAAGGUCGUUAUUUGAAGAACAGCCCUGUUCCUUUUGAAAUGACGACAGCCGAAGAAAAAUUUUUAGCUGAGGCAAAGAAGUAUAUGGGAAAUCUUACUCCAUUAGACACCUGUCAUCAGAUUGUCAUAAACCGAAUCAAGAAAUCCUGUAGCGAUAUCAAUGAAGUUGAACUGGCAAAGCUGGGCGUGGCUCUCUUAAACUGCCAAUCAAAAUCCGAAGGAAGAAGAACGUACGAGUGCACAGACGACAUGGAACUGCGUGAUUGCACAAAUGGUAUGGAUGCCAAUACAUGGAACAGUUAUCACAUAAUCAGCAACAGGGCGCGGUCGAUCUGCUACGCCACUCGGCAGCAGCAGUUCAGACUGAAGACAGAAUUUACUGUCAAUCAGCUGGCCAGUCAAGCGGAAAAUCAAAUGGAGCUUAUGAACGGUUUACAAGAAGGUCAAAGGAGACUGACAGAAGUAGCAGAUGAUACCGUGAUUAGAGUGACCGCUGGUCAGGAACGUCUUGUAAGACAGCAAGCGAAACUACAUGCCAGCUAUGACGAUGUGCAGCGGUCGAUCUCGUUCUCAUUAAGAGGGAAUGUCAGGGCACUGCACCAGGAAAGAAUGAUGAUAGACAGCGGUCGGAAACAGCUCAAAGAGAUGGCAAAAACGGUCCAAGACAAGCUUGAGAGUGCUACAACAGAAAUUCAGAAACAGGAUCUGAACCGUAAAAUUAGCCACCGCUUAAUUUUAGAGGACUUAAACGAUAUUCGCAGCAAGGCGGAAGAAGUGUGGAAUAAGAUAGACCACAGCACCCUUCAAAUGAUGUCGUACCACAGUGAGACCACUCAACAUUACAAUCAGACAAUGGAAAAUCUGAAAAUUAUCAACGAUACUAUUGGAUAUUUAAUUGAGGUGACCAAUCAGAUGCAAGAUAAAAUCGACAACAGACUUGAUUGGUUGACACGACAUCUAGGAGGAACUGGAGACAAACUAGUGGUGGUCACCACCUGCUUGAUGCAUGCUGGGUAUUUCCUCUUAGCGACCCUUUGUAUUUUGUUCCUGAAUGCGCCUCUCUUCACUCGACUUGUUCUCUUGGUCGCAGUACCGAUCAACGCAUGGAGCGAGAUCAAUUUUGACUCCAGUUUAUCGUACAGUACACUUUCAUCGAUCAUCUCUGUGGCUCUACUAGGGAACUGGUUGUACUUCUACUUAACCAAGAAAUAUUUUCCAUCUAACGCUGAUCGAAUCUCUAAAUCUUCGCCUCUGGCAUUAAAUUCGGCGAAAUAUCUUGGUUAUCAUGAAACUCCUAAUAAUACAAGGAACAUGCUGGACACAACAGACAGUAUCGAGAGUCUGGACGAAUCAGCUUUGACUUUGACACCUAAAGGUCCUGUGGGAAACACCAAACGCCAAUUGAACCUUUCCUAUCCAGAAGCAGCCUCGACCCCAAGCAGUAAAGUAACCACUCCACGCAGGCGCUGUGGUGCUCUUACAAAAACAGGCUCAGCCUGUAAGAGAGUAAUUGCUAAUGGAGGCUUUAAAUGCACUACACAUUUACGGAUGGAUUCCAGUUAUAUCCCGGAUGAGUGUUAG